AGCUAUCAUGACGUUUCAAAAUGAGGAGAAACGACCGAUCUUGACGAAAGAUGAAAAAAACGAGUUUGGAGGUACAAGAAUAUUGUUAAUCUGCUGCCUGUGCUGUACAGCCUUCGUUGUGAACACUGUCUCCUCACUUGCUUCACCUUUUUAUCCCAGUGAUGCCAGCUCGUUUGGGGUGUCAGAGGUUCUAAUAGGAGUUAUUCUUGGAAUGUACCACUUAACAGUGUUCUUUGUAGCCCCUCUCACACCUAUGUUGAUCAACAGGAUCACCGUUGAGUCCACAUUAAAAUUAGGAAUUGCUGUUGCAGGAUGUUCUGCCAUACUUUUUGGUUUUAUCAAUCAAUUUAACCAGACGGGUGUUUUUAUCGCAGUAUCAGUCUUGCUCCGAAUAGUACAGGGAUGUGGAUGUGCAUUUGUAGACACUAGCUUGUACACUAUUAUCAGUGACAAGUUCCCGAACAACUUGGGCAAAGUUAGUGGAAUUUUAACCACUUCCGUCGGCCUCGGAUUCAUGGUGGGGCCACCAGUUGGUGGGUUCCUAUACUCGGCAGGAGGAUUCUUCCUGCCCUUUGUGGUAAUGGGUGUUCUUACUCUCCUAAUGGGGGUUUUCAUCUACAUUGCCUUGCCCAGCAACAGAGACGGAUCCAAAAGAACCAGAUUAUUUAGUUUGUACGCAUACGUUGAGCAUGACGGUUUAGAACAGUCGAUAGUAGCAGGCUACACAGACAGUGGUGAAGGUAAUCACUGGGCUACCCUCGCUAAAGACAUUCCUUUCGUUCCUACCAUGCAACUAUCAGACAGCGUCUCACUCCGAAGAAUCCUAUCAGACGGUAAACUACUCAUAAUCCUUCUAACUACUAUUGUUGGUUCAUCAAUCCUAGGGUAUCAAGAGCCAACUUUGGGCCUUUUUCUGGAAAACUGCCAGUAUGGACCUGCAGCUAUAGGAGGACUCUUCCUGCUCAGAGACUUCCUGUUCGCUAUAGGAUCCAUUAUAGUGGGAUACUUGGUGGAUGCUAUCGGACCCUACUUUAUCCUGGCUAGUGGACUGUUCUUGGGAACUAUAGGGUAUAUGGCACUAGGUCCCAUCCCUCCCUUCGAACCUAGUGAAGUGUCUGUUAUUCUGGGUCUGGUUAUUACUGGGUUCGCUGGCAGUAUUCCAUGGGUAACAGGACUGCCCUGUUUAUUGAAAGCAACCCGACACCUUGGAAAUAGGGGCUCCCUCAACUCCCAGCUCUCCGGACUACAAAACUCAUGUCUUUACUUCGGCAUUUUCUUAGGGUCGAUCCUAGGAGGAGUGUUUCUAGAGGUGCUAUCCUACAGAAUGACCUACUUAGCAUACGCCGCCCUACCUGCAGUGACAGCAAUAAUAUUCACUUGUGCUAUGGUCUUUAAACGAUCUCGAGGAACCGCAAGCUUUGAAGAAUCUUGGAAAGCUUAGAAAUCUAGAAGAUUUGCAGGCCAAUUCUGUGCUGAGUCAUGAAUCAAAAGUUCUUAUAACUGACUUCAUAUACGCCACGCCUAAGAACGAAAGACCGAAGAGAUAGCAGAGACAUAAUGAAUCUGUGGCUCUCCAUGUUAACUUGCCACCAUUAUGAUAACCAUGAAGCUGAGUCACAAAUAAUCUAAGAAUAAAUAUUAAAAAAUUAACAGUAUUUGGACAGACUCAUUCAUCUAUUCAAUGAAAUAAUCUGUGAUUACAUUCAUUUUGAUUUAUGUUUAAUUCCAUUAUUGGAAAA